GCCAUUUAGCGCGGAGAGUUUCCCCGGCGGACGCGGCUCUUCUCCGUCGGCCACCCCGCACCCCCGUCUUCGGUGACAGAAGGCGCCUGGUGGGGUGACUGCUCUCUUCUCUCCCCAUCCCCCUUCACCCAGUCCUCUCGGUCUCCUCUCCUCUCGGCCCAGAGAAGCAGCGGAGCCCGGGCCCGCGGUGAGCGGCCCUCCCCUCCCCACCGUUCCCUCCCUCCUCAGCCCCCGGCCCCGGCCCGGGAAGGAGACGGGGGUUUGCCAGGCCCGGGGCGGGCAGGGAGGCCUUGGGGAAGGGGGGGCCCGCUCCUCAGGCUCCGAGGCUUCGCGGCUUUGGCCCUUCCCAUUCGGGCGAUGGGCGCCCUGUGAGACCGGUCCCCUGACUGGGGGCGCGUGUGAAAGGAGGCGACCGCCGGAGUGACCGGGAGCCCCGGGGCGGCGGCCCUCCCUCGCCGUCCUCGGCCCCUCCCACUCCUGCCCUGAGGCUGCCACCGCCUGGGCGUCGGAGCUCGUCCCUUCCGCGCCGUGCCGCCGCCCUCAGGGCCUAGCCCGCCCUGCUCGGCGAGCGGCGACGGUGGGAGCUGAGCCGCCGCCGCCGCAUCCGCCGCAUCCGCUUCGACUCGCUGCCGGCCCGGUGCCCUGCCCCUCAUGACUGCGGCGCCUCUGCUGCCACAGCCUUCCCGGCCGCCGCUCGCCGCAGGAUGGAUGCGGACCGUGCAGCGCUAACCCCCGUGGCUCCGCUGCCGAAUCGCCCACCGACGAGCCCGCCUCGUGAGCCGCAGCAGCAGCCGCCGAAACCGGGCCCCGUGUCCCGCCUCGCCUUCGUGGCGUCCGGUCGUUGCUGACUGAGAGUCGUCCGGGCCGCUGCGAACCCGCCCCGAGAGAGCGGUGCCCUGCGGACCUUCGCGGCUCCCGCGGGGCGGCCCUUCACCCUCUUUUCAUUCACAAAUCCGAGCUCGCGCCCGCGGACCCACCAUGUCUGGCGGCGCCGCAGAGAAGCAGAGCAGCACCCCGAGCUCCCUGUUCCUCUCGCCGCCGGCGCCUGCCCCCAAGAAUGGCUCCAGCUCCGAUUCCUCCGUGGGGGAGAAGCUGGGCGCCGCGGCGACCGACGCUGCAGCUGGCAGGACCGAGGAGUACCGGCGCCGCCGCCACACUAUGGACAAGGACAGUCGCGGCGCGGCCGCGACCACCACCACCACUGAACACCGCUUCUUCCGCCGGAGCGUCAUCUGCGACUCCAACGCCACUGCGUUGGAGCUGCCCGGCCUCCCUCUGCCGCUCCCCCAGCCCAGCGUCCCCGCGGUUGUUCCGCAGAGCGCGCCACCCGAGCCGCCCCGGGAGGAGACCUUGACCGCCACCACCGCCUCCCAGGUGGCCCAGCAGCCUCCAGCCGCCGCUGCCCCUGGGGAACAAGCCGUCGCCGGCCCCGCCGCCUCGACUGCCCCCAGCAGUGCCAGCAAAGACCGGCCAGUUUCCCAGCCCAGCCUUGCGGGGAGCAAAGAGGAGCCACCGCCGGCGAGAAGUGGAAGUGGCAGUGGCGGCGGCAGCGCCAAAGAGGCCCCGGAGGAACGGAGCCAGCAACAGGAUGACAUCGAAGAGCUGGAGACCAAGGCCGUGGGCAUGUCCAACGAUGGCCGCUUUCUCAAGUUUGACAUCGAAAUCGGCAGAGGAUCCUUUAAGACGGUCUACAAAGGGCUGGACACUGAAACCACCGUGGAGGUCGCCUGGUGUGAACUGCAGGAUCGAAAGUUAACCAAGUCUGAGAGGCAGAGAUUCAAGGAAGAGGCUGAAAUGUUGAAGGGUCUUCAGCAUCCCAACAUCGUUCGAUUUUAUGAUUCAUGGGAAUCCACUGUAAAAGGAAAGAAAUGCAUUGUUUUGGUGACUGAACUUAUGACAUCUGGAACACUUAAAACGUACCUGAAAAGGUUUAAAGUGAUGAAGAUCAAAGUUCUGAGAAGCUGGUGCCGUCAAAUCCUUAAGGGACUUCAAUUUCUUCAUACUCGAACUCCACCUAUUAUUCACCGUGAUCUUAAAUGUGACAACAUCUUUAUCACUGGCCCUACAGGCUCAGUCAAGAUUGGAGACCUUGGUCUGGCAACCCUGAAACGUGCUUCUUUUGCCAAGAGUGUGAUAGGUACCCCCGAGUUCAUGGCCCCUGAGAUGUAUGAGGAGAAAUAUGAUGAAUCCGUUGAUGUGUAUGCUUUUGGAAUGUGCAUGCUUGAGAUGGCUACAUCUGAAUAUCCGUACUCUGAGUGCCAAAAUGCUGCACAGAUCUACCGUCGAGUGACCAGUGGGGUAAAGCCAGCCAGUUUUGACAAAGUAGCAAUUCCUGAAGUAAAGGAAAUUAUUGAAGGAUGCAUAAGGCAAAACAAAGAUGAAAGAUAUUCCAUCAAAGACCUCUUGAACCAUGCCUUCUUCCAGGAGGAAACAGGAGUACGAGUAGAAUUAGCAGAAGAAGAUGAUGGAGAAAAGAUAGCUAUUAAGUUAUGGCUACGUAUUGAAGAUAUUAAGAAACUAAAGGGCAAAUACAAAGACAAUGAAGCUAUUGAGUUUUCCUUUGACUUGGAGAGAGAUGUGCCAGAAGAUGUUGCUCAAGAAAUGGUAGAGUCUGGCUAUGUCUGUGAAAGUGAUCAUAAGACCAUGGCUAAAGCUAUCAAAGAUAGAGUGUCAUUAAUUAAAAGAAAACGAGAGCAGCGGCAAUUGGUACGAGAAGAGCAAGAAAAACGAAAGCAAGAAGAGAGCGGUCUUAAACAGCAAGUAGAACAAUCAAGUGCUUCUCAGGCAGGAGUCAAGCAGCUCCCCUCUGCUAGCGCCGGCAUACCUACUGCUUCUGCCACUUCAGCUUCAGUUUCUACACAAGUAGAACCUGAAGAACCUGAGGCAGACCAGCAUCAACAACUACAGUACCAGCAACCUAGCAUAUCUGUGUUGUCUGAUGGGACAGUUGACAGUGGUCAGGGAUCCUCUGUCUUCACAGAUUCUCGAGUAAGCAGCCAACAGACAGUUUCAUAUGGUUCUCAGCAUGAACAGACACAUUCUACUGGCACAAUCCCAGGGCAUACCGCUUCUGUUGUUCAAGCACAAUCUCAGCCCCAUGGGGUAUAUCCACCCUCAAGUAUGCCUCAGUCCGUGGCGCAUCCGUGUGGGGGGACCCCAACAUACCCAGAAUCACAGAUAUUUUUCCCAACUAUUCAUGAACGUCCAGUUUCUUUUUCACCACCUCCCACCUGUCCACCGAAAAUAUCCAUUUCUCAGCGACGUAAGAGCACCUCCUUCCUGGAAGCCCAAACUCGCCACUUCCAACCCCUGCUGAGGACUGUUGGUCAAAAUCUUCUUCCACCUGGUGGCAGCCCAAUUAACUGGACACCAGAGGCUGUAGUUAUGUUGGGCACUACAGCCAGUAGAGUAACCGGAGAGCUAUGUGAGAUGCAGGUCCAUCCUAUUUUUGAACCAAGUCAAAUUUACAAUGACUAUAGACCUGGACUAGUACUUCCAGAAGAAGCUCACUAUUUUAUUCCUCAGGAAGCAAUGUAUCUAGCUGGGGUACAUUAUCAGACCCAGGUGGCAGAACAGUAUGAGGGCAUUUCAUACAACUCACCAGUAAUGUCAAGUUCUUUGAAACAGAUGCCUGAACAGAAGCCAGGACAAGGGGGUUCUACCACAAAUUCUGUCUUUGAAUUUCCAUCUGGACAGGCUUACCUGCUAGGACACCUUCAGAAUUUAAGGUUAGAUUCUGGAGUGAGUCCAGGACCUCCCCUCUCUAGUAUUUCUGCACCUAUCAGUACAGAUGCUACAAGUUUAAAGUUUCACCCUGUCUUUGUUCCUCAUUCUGCACCUGCUGUGUUAACUCAUAGCAAUGAGAGCAGAAGCAACUGUGUAUUUGAAUUUCAUGUUCAAACACCAAGCUCCUCUUCAGGAGAAGGAGGUGGAAGUUUACCUCAGCGUGUUUACCGAAAUCGACAGGUUGCAAUGGAUUUGAAUCAGGAAGAAUCGCCGUCUCAAUCAUUUGGAUUACCUGGCCACCUACAGCCUGUGACUGAAGAACAACAUAAUUACCGUGUCCCUGAAUUGACUGUUUCUGUGGUAGAACCUGUCGGACAGAACUGGCCAAUAGGAAGCCCAGAAUAUUCCAGUGAUUCCUCACAAAUCACUUCCUCAGAUCUCAGUGAUUUUCAGUCACCUCCUCCUACAGGGGGAGCAGCUGCACCUUUUGGCUCUGACGUCUCAUUACCCUUUGUUCGUCUGCCUCAGACAGUGUUACAAGAAUCCCCACUUUUCUUCUGUUUCCCCCAAGGAACCACAUCUCAGCAGGUCUUAUCUGCCUCAUUUUCUUCAGGAGGAUCAGCACUCCAUCCACAGGUACAGGGGCAGAGCCAGGUCCAGCCACCCACAAGUAGCUUAACAGGAGUUCCAUCUUCUCAACCUGUCCAGCAUCCUCAGCAGCAGCAGGGAAUGCAGCAGACAGCUGCUCCUCAGCAGACUAUACAGUAUUCAGUUCCACAGACAUCUGGAUCCAGUGAGGCCACUACGGCACAGCCUGGGAAUCAGCCACAGCCUGCACAGGUCUUACCCCAAGUAUCAUCUGCAAAGCAGGGCUUCCCACCUCGACUGCCACCACAGUACCCAGGAGAUUCAAAUAUUGCUCCCUCCUCCAACGUGGCUUCUGUUUGCAUCCAUUCUACAGUCCUAUCCCCUCCCAUGCCGACAGAAGCAUUGGCUACACCAGCUUACUUUCCUACAGUGGUGCAGCCUUAUGUGGAAUCAAAUCUUUUGGUUCCUGUGGGCGGUAUAGGAGGACAGGUUCAAGUGUCUCAGCCAGCAGUGAGUUUAGCACAGCAACCCCCCACUACAUCCUCCCAGCAAGCAGUUCUGGAGAGUACUCAGGGAGUCUCUCAGGUUGCUCCUCCAGAACCAGUUCCAGUAGCACAGCCACAACCUCCCCAGCCUCCCACACUGGUUUCCUCUAUAGACAGUGCACAUUCAGAUGUUGCUUCAGGGAUGAGUGAUGGCAAUGAGAAUGUCCCAACCUCCAGUGGAAGGCAUGAAGGGAGAACUACAAAACGACAUUAUCGAAAAUCUGUGAGAAGUCGAUCUCGUCAUGAAAAGACUUCACGCCCAAAAUUGAGAAUUUUGAAUGUUUCAAAUAAAGGAGAUCGAGUAGUAGAAUGUCAGUUAGAGACUCAUAAUCGGAAAAUGGUUACCUUCAAAUUUGACCUAGAUGGUGACAACCCUGAGGAGAUAGCAACAAUUAUGGUGAACAAUGACUUUAUUUUAGCAAUAGAGAGGGAGUCAUUUGUGGAUCAAGUGCGAGAAAUUAUUGAAAAAGCUGAUGAAAUGCUCAGUGAGGAUGUCAGUGUGGAACCAGAGGGUGACCAGGGAUUGGAGAGUCUUCAAGGAAAGGAUGACUAUGGCUUUUCAGGUUCUCAGAAAUUGGAAGGAGAGUUCAAACAACCAAUUCCUGUAUCUUCCAUGCCGCAACAAAUAGGUGUUCCCACCAGCUCUUUAACUCAAGUUGUUCAUUCGGCUGGAAGACGGUUUAUAGUGAGUCCUGUCCCAGAAAGUCGAUUACGAGAGUCUCAAGUUUUCACCACUGAAAUAUCAGAUACUGUUGCUGCCUCCACAUCUCAGGGCCCUGGAAUGAACUUAUCUCACUCUGCUUCAUCCCUUAGUCUGCAGCAGGCCUUUUCUGAACUUAGACAUGCCCAAAUGACUGAAGGACCCAGUACAGCACCUCCCAACUUUAGUCAUACAGGACCGUCCUUUCCAGUAGUAUCUCCUUUCAUGAGUAGCAUUCCUGGAGUCCCAACCACAGCAGCGGCCACACCUCCAGUAUCAGUCCCUGCAACAAGCAGCCCCCUAAGUGACAUUUCUACAUCAGUUAUUCAGUCGGAGGUUACAGUGCCCAUUGAAAAGGGGAUUGUUGGUGUUGCUACUAGCACAGGUUCAAUCACUUCAAGUGGUGUUCCUAUACCUACUGUGUCUGAAUCACCAGUACUCUCUAGUGUUGCGUCAGGCAUCACAAUACCUGCAAUGGUCGCAGUAUCUACAACAUCCCAGUCAGUUCAGGCCCCCACUUCUGGGGGCAUUGUUUCUAGUACAGUCCCUUUACCUUCUAUAACAAUUCCAGUGACUUCAGCCUCUGCAGUGGGCAGUACCUCUGGCCCAGGUGCUAAGCCUCCAGCUGUGUUAUCUCAGCAGGCAGCAGGCAGUUCUACGGGAAUAGCCACAUUAACAUCACUUUCUACCACCACUCCUCUCCCAAGUGUAGGUUCACAGCCAUCCCUUCAGCUCAGCAGCAGCACCUCUGCUCCUACUCUAGCUGAAACAGUGGUGGUUAGUGCACACUCACUUGAUAAGACAUCUCAUAGCAGUACAACUGGAUUGGCUUUGUCCCUCUCUGCACCAUCUUCCUCUUCCUCCCCUGGAGCAGGAGUAUUGAGUUCUAUUUCUCAACCUGGGGGAGUGCAUCCUUUAGUCAUCCCAUCAGCUAUAGCCUCUACUCCUGUCCUUGCCCAAGCAGCAGGACCUACAUCUACACCUUUAUUACCCCAAGUACCCAAUAUCCCACCCUUAAUACAGCCUGUUGCCAAUGUGCCUGCUGUGCAGCAGACACUAAUUCAUAGUCAGCCUCAACCAGCUUUGCUUCCCAACCAGCCACAUACUCAUUGCCCUGAAAUCGAUGCUGAUGCACAACCCAAAGCUCCUGGAAUUGAUGACAUAAAGACUCUUGAAGAAAAACUGCGGUCUCUCUUUAGUGAACACAGCUCAUCUGGGGCUCAGCAUGCCACUGUCUCAUUGGAGACAUCACUGGUAGUAGAGACUACUGUCACACCAGGCAUCCCAACCACUGCUGUUGCACCAAGCAAACUCCUGACUUCCACUACAAGUACUUGCUUACCACCAACCAGUUUACCAUUAGGAACAACUGGUUUAUCGGUUAUACCAGUGGUUUCACCUGGACAGGUUUCUACACCAGGCAGUUACGUUUCAGCCCCAGUCAGCACUGCAUCGGGAGUCAAGCCUGGAACUGCUCCCUCAAAGCUACCUUUAACUAAGGCUCUGGUUCUGCCAGUGGGUACUGAAUUUCCAGCUGGUACUCUACCCAGCGAGCAGCUGCUACCUUUUCCAGGACCUUCACUAAGUCAGCCUCAGCAACCUCUAGAAGAUCUUGAUGCUCAGUUGAGAAGAACGCUUAGUCCAGAGACUAUUGCAGUGACUUCUGCGGCUGGUACUGUGUCCAUGGUGGCUCCAGCAGCAGUUAUAGAAGCAGGAGCACAGCCUCAGAAGGAUGUUUCUCAGGGCACUGAAGGCCCUCUGCUAGCUGCUGCUAGUUCAGGAGCUGGUGUGUUCAAGAUGGGGCGAUUUCAGGUUUCAGUUGCAAUGGAAGAUGCCCAGAAAGAGGGUAAAAGUAAGUCAGAAGAUACAAAGUCUGUUCAUUUUGAAUCCAGUACUUCAGAGUCCUCGGUGCUAUCAAGUAGUAGUCCAGAAAGUACCAUGGUGAAGCCAGAGCCUAAUGGAAUGACCAUCCCUGGCGUCUCUUCAGAGGUGCCAGAUAGCACCCACCAAACUCUUGCCUCAGAGGUAAAGUCAGAAACUGGGCAGCCUACUAAGGUUGGACGUUUUCAGGUGACAACUACAGCAAACAAAGUGGGUCGUUUCUCCGUGUCAAGAACCGAGGACAAGAUUACCGAGGCAAAGAAAGAGGGACCGGUGACAUCUCCUCCUCUAAUGGAUCCCGAACAAGCGAUUCUUCCUGCUGUGAUACCAAAGAAAGAAAAGCCUGACCUUUCUGAGCCUUCACAUCUGAAUGGACCAUCUUCUGACCUUGAGGCGGCCUUUUUAAGUAGGGAUGUGGAUGACGGUUCAGGUAGUCCACACUCUCCCCACCAGCUGAGCUCAAAGAGCCUUCCUAUUCAGAAUCUGAGUCAAAGCCUUAGUAAUUCAUUCAACUCUUCUUACAUGAGUAGUGACAACGAGUCAGAUAUUGAAGAUGAAGACUUAAAGUUAGAGUUGCGACGACUACGAGAAAAACAUCUUAAAGAGAUUCAAGACUUGCAGAGUCGUCAGAAACAUGAAAUUGAAUCUUUGUAUACCAAACUGGGCAAGGUCCCCCCUGCUGUCAUUAUUCCCCCAGCUGCUCCCCUUUCAGGGAGAAGAAGACGACCCACAAAAAGCAAGGGCAGCAAGUCUAGUCGCAGCAGUUCCUUGGGGAAUAAAAGCCCCCAGCUUUCAGGUAACCUGUCUGGUCAGAGUGCAGCUUCAGUGUUGCACCCCCAGCAAACCCUCCACCCUCCUGGCAACAUCUCAGAGACCGGGCAGAACCAGCUGUUACAGCCUCUUAAGCCAUCUCCCUCCAGUGACAACCUCUAUUCAGCUUUCACCAGUGAUGGUGCCAUUUCAGUACCAAGCCUUUCUGCUCCAGGUCAAGGGACCAGCAGCACAAACACCGUUGCAGGGCCAGUGAACAGCCAGGCUGCGCAGGCUCAGCCUCCUGCCGUGACAUCCAGCAGGAAGGGCACGUUCACCGAUGACCUGCACAAGCUGGUGGACAACUGGGCCCGAGAUGCCAUGAAUCUUUCAGGCAGGAGAGGAAGCAAAGGGCACAUGAAUUACGAGGGCCCUGGAAUGGCAAGGAAGUUCUCUGCACCUGGGCAGCUGUGCAUCUCCAUGACCUCGAACCUGGGCGGCUCUGCCCCCCUCUCUGCAGCAUCAGCUACCUCUCUAGGUCACUUUACCAAGUCCAUGUGCCCCCCACAGCAGUACGGUUUUCCAGCUGCCCCAUUUGGCACGCAGUGGAGUGGGACAGGUGGCCCAGCACCACAGCCACUUGGCCAGUUCCAGCCUGUCGGAACUGCCUCCUUGCAGAACUUCAACAUCAGCAAUUUGCAGAAAUCCAUCAGCAAUCCCCCGGGCUCCAACCUGCGGACCACUUAGUCACACCCGGAGACACCCACCAUAGAUCUGGGCAGGAGAUGGAAUGGUGGGGUGGUUGGGGGAGGGGAAGGAGCUGAUAUAUUAACGACUAGUGCUGCAUUUAACUGACUCCUGUCAGAAGGGAGUAUUUAACACCGCGUUGAGCCCUCAGAAUGGACCUGUCCCUCCCCUUCUACUUCUUGAUUACAGUGGAACAGAAGGAAAAAGCAGCUUUCUUGUGAAGGGUAGCUUCAGAUCUGCUUUGCUAUCUGUCUGUACCCAGCGGUGAGGGCAGGGGCUGUGAAAGAGCAUGUUAUUGAUCAGGAAGCUACUAGAGCUCAACGUAAAACCAAACCCCAUCUGUAUUCUCAGGUUGGGUGGAGCUCUCAACUUUGGUACAUGCCCCAAAUCCCUUACUUCCUCAAAAAUCCAAACCACAAGACAGAAAAAAAAAAAUGGACUCUCUCCCACCCUGCCCUCUACUUUUAUUUUUUCCUCUAAACCCCAGUAAAAAAGACCAGGGGACUGGGGCUACAACCCUUUCUUAUGAUAGGUCAUUAGUGCUUUAAGCAAAAAAUAUUAGCAGCUUUGACUGCAGCAUUAGCAAUUAGGAAAGAAAAAAUUAAGUUCCCUGCGGACAUGUAACUUUGCCAUCAGUUUUGAUGUGGAAACACUGUGAUAUAUAAAUGUUGUUGGACAACAGUAGUUUUAAGAGUAAAAUAUGAAAGAUUUAAAAAGUUCCCAAAAAAAAAGCUAGCUCUGUCCUUUACUUAUUGAGACACUUUAACUUUUUCCUUUGUAUUCCCGUUGUAUUAGAUAAAUAAAUGUGAAUGUAAAAUUGUAUAAAUUACUGUACUUGAAUACUUCUGUUCUCCCAGUAUUGCUUGCUGGACAUUUUAGUGCCUUGGACUUCUAUUGCUUCUGCCAUUAGCAUCAAUUUACCAGACCCCGGAUCAGCAAGGGCACGUGGAAGGAAACCUUAGGUCCAUGUGACCCCAAAAAUGUAUAUGCCAAAGGGAAAUUGAAGCUUUUUUUUUUUUUUUAAAGUCAUCAACAGUUUUGUCUUGAGCAGGUGGAAGAUGAGUAGGUGAGAAGUUAAGUCGACGUCAGUGGUUCCGAGCAGUCUGUUUCAGGAAUAGUGAGAAGGGGUCCUACAACAAAAUUAGGCAAUUUCAGAGAUUCUAUGAGCGUGAGCGGAAUGACAGAAAGACUGAAGAAUGGGAACAGACUUGUUUAGAAGACGUGUGAUGCCUGGCCAGUGACUGUCAUAACCCUUAUUUAUUUAAGCUGGGCUUGAACAGACGAGACCAAGAAGAUGCUAAACAAAGAGAAGGGUAUAGGUGAUAGUUUCAAGUUGGGAAAUAUGAUUGUAAAAAGUCACAGGUGGUAAAAGUUGCUCUAAGAAAAAUCAUUUGGCUUGCUUUCCUCUUGGUGCACGUGUACCAUGCAAUUCCCUGCUUGGGGUACGGUAUUUUGUGGAACGUAGAUCCACAUUUGAAUUACUGAGCAUCACAGGGAAGAGUGCUCAUUCCUACCCUUUCUUCUGUGAGGUCCAAAAUGGUUGCAGGAUCACAAUCUAAUGUGCCACCACUAUUUCUAGAAUUCCAUCUAACAUUCACACAUUUUCAUACAAAUAUUUUUCUUAAAUGUAACUGCAACCAACCAGUAUUAUUUAAUGCUAUGCCUAAUUGUAAUGGGCACUUGUAUUAUUUUCAGAGUUUUCCAGAAGUACUGUGCUAAUUGGCUAUGUUGGGGAUCUCUGCUAUCUCUGAAGACGGAGAAAGAGCGAGCACCCCACUUGGAGGUGCUUCUUCUCCUGACUUGGUUGAGAACUUGACCUGUUGCCAGCCUUCUGCCCUCCUCAGUGGCACAUCCCAGGCACCACCAGGCUGGGAAGAGCCUGGCCACUCCCCGAAUGCUGUUCCUUCCUUUUCUUUUUCAAGUUGGCCCAGACCCUUGACAUGUAAAUGACAACCCGAGGUUUAAAGAAGGUACAAACAAUAAGGACUGCGGUUUCAAGCCCUGAUUCAAAACUAUUGAUCUGCCCUCUGCUUAUUAUUCUUGUGGGGAGGGUUAGAGUAGGUAGCACAAAGGUACCAGGUAAUGAGCAGCGGGUCCCAAACGUGAGACAGCCAGGCGCAGCACGGUGGUGUUCUGUUACUUUGGUUUAAACAUUCUGAGAUCUUCUCACUCACACCCAAACAGUAAGAACUGGUUUUAUUUACUAUUGAUUUUUCCCCCUCCUGUGGAUGUAGUAACUGAAGCCUAGAGGAAUUAACUAGUGCUACUGAACUGUUUAAAUUAUUUUUGUGUUAAUAGUACACUUUGAGUAUCUUUUUCCACAUUAAAAAAACUUUCUGAAUUAUAAAUGUUUUCCUUACAUUAUUUAACAAUGUACACUAUUUUUUAAAAAACUGAAUUCAAACCUUGGGGGUUUCUCAGCAGCCGUUAACUGUACAUUUUGCACUAACUCUGGGUGUUGCGCUUCUUGUAAGAUUGCGCUUCGUGCUUCAGUUUGUUACCUUUGUAGACUUAUUUAAUGAAACCAUUCAAAUAAACCAAACUUGCUUUUGUUGA